AUGGACGGCCUUCUCAUCAAUUCCGAAGACAUAAUAACCGAGUCAACCAACAAAAUACUUCAAAAGUAUGGACGACCGGCGUUCAACCCAUCCAUUCGAGCCAAGCUCAUGGGUAUCCCCGAUUCAACAAACGGCGAUGUUUUCCACAACUGGGCCAACCUGCCUAUAUCACGCGAGGAUUUUGCCCGUGAAUCUAAAGAGCAAAUGCGAUUACAUUUUCCGAACUGCACGCCCCUACCGGGUAGUGAGAAACUCCUGUCAACCCUUAGCCGUGCCCAGAGUGCUGCCUCCGGAGGGAAGAUCGAGCUGGCAUUGGCGUCUACGACGAAGAGCUCUACUUAUGAAUUGAAGAUUUCAAGGCCAGAGACUAGAUAUCUGCUGGAUUUCUUUGAGUCUAGCAGAAGGAUUCUGGGUGAUGAUCCUCGAAUCGGUGAGGGUCGAAGCAAGCCCGCGCCGGACAUGUAUCUCUUGGCGCUGAAGGUGUUGAAUGAAGCUAUAACACAGUCGGGCGCAAAGCCUAUCUCGCCCAGUGAGUGCUUGGUCUUUGAAGAUAGUGUAAUCGGAGUUGAGGCGGGAAGAAGAGCCGGAAUGAGGGUCGUCUGGGUACCGCAUCCUGAUGUCUCCCUCGAAUAUGAAACCAGGCAAAAGGAAGUGUUGGCCGGGAGGACAGGAUUGAUCGAGAUUGGAGAUGAGUGGCAGCUGGGAGAAAUUGACGAUGGCUGGGCUGAGGGUAUAUCUAGCUUGGAAUCUUUUGACUACGAUAAAUAUGGUAUCAAUGUGCGAUCAUCCUAG